AUGGUCCACUUCAAGCCCCUCUUCGUGGCCCUGGCCGCCGUCUCGACCGUCGUCGCCAGACCACCUUGCAGAUCUGACACCACGGCGCCUACCUUGAAGACCACCACCUCAGCCCCUGCUCCCGUCUGUGGCAUCACCGGUUACUUCGUCCCUGAUCAUGACCUGACCUACCUUUACUCCCCUGGAAACAAGCUUAGCGUCGAGGAGUGUCUCGAGGGGUGCGCUGCUUACAGCGGCUACGAGGUCAUUGCUUUCUACUACACCGGCAGCAACUUCGGCCGUUGA